AUGAUCUACGAGCCUGGCUAUGUUCCUAAGCUUGGUGGACUCGGUCCCCAAAAGGCCGUCAUUGACGAGCUUUUGAGUUUAUGGAAGUUCGAUGACCAGAACUUCUGCGUUCCUUGUAUGGUUCGGCAGCCAUUGAGAAGCAAGCACUGCAAGAGGUGCAACCGCUGUGUAGCCAAGCAUGACCAGCACUUUUUCCUCUACUUGGUGACUUUAGAGGUGGGUGUUCUGUUAAUACUAACAAUAGCAGAUUUCGAGGUCCUGAGUGACAAGGCCGAAGGGAGUACUGAAUGCAAUAUUCUGGCUCCAGAGCUUUGCAAACUUGUAAACGCGGAUCCAUACACACUUGUCCUCAUGAUCUGGGCAGCUCUACAAUUGACAUGGGUAACUAUGUUAAUGUUCGUACAGCUUGUCCAGAUCUCCAGAGCCAUGACAACAUGGGAAAACAUGCGCGGAGCAGACCAUAUGCAUGGAAGCAAGGCUUCACAAGCCAUCACCUCAGCCCUCACAACAGGCACUACCUCGCAAUCAGGGGCGCAAAUCGGCAACGCAGGUCUGGGACCAGAUCCCGUCUUACCACCUACCCACGCCCCUGGCGGGCACCACCACAACCACAAGCAAGGCUGCUUCGCACAAUGGAAGAAAAUCCUGGGCGUGGACACAUUCGUCGAGACGGCGCUCCACAAGAAAGACACCACGCACCGCAAUCGCAACCCCUUCUCGGCCGGCUGCCUCACAAACUGCAAGGACUUCUGGUGCGAUCCGGCGCCUAUAUUCGGGAAACGGGAGAACGGCGCUGCGAUGCUAGGAGGCCAGGUCGUGGAUUACACGGCCAUGUACGAGACGCCCAGGAUGAUGAGUACGAGGACGAGAGGCGGUGGCUAUGAGAGCGUGGCGGUGGAUGAUUCUGUAUGA